CAGUAAUAAAGUUUUUUGUUCAAUUAAAAGUAAAAAAAAUUAAGUCUCAUUAAAUUUGUCACAUUAAUGCUAUAUUUCUACACUCUGUAUUUUAUAAGGGCAAAAUGGAUGAUGUAUACAGAUUUACUGGUAGAAGGAGAAUUAUAAAACCUUCUCAACAAAAACCUGAAACACCUUUGAAACAUUUAUUGAAUUUGCCAAAGAGGCUUAAAGAUAAAAUCAUUGAAAAAAGUAGUUCAAUGUGGAAAUACCCAUUCAAAAGAAACACAUUAAAACGAAAAUCAAAUCACGACGAAACCAGUAAAAAUCCACGUUUAAAAAAGUAUAGAUGUGAAAGCAGUAAACAAAAUUCUGAAUAUAAGGAAAUUAGUAUGGCCGUUAUACAUACAAACUAUCCAGAAUUAGAUUUGGGCGAAGAACAAGCAGAUUUAAUUGAAGAAAAUAUCCAGAAUAGUAUUAAAUAUGUUCGUGAACCUCACAGAAGUCAAUUAAACAUUAUAGAAAUGAAAUAUAAAGAAGGGAUACUGUAUAUAACAUGUGGAAAUCAUGCAACAGUUAACUGGAUUUGGGAAACUGUCCAUUCUGUGGGGGAUACCCACAGGGGGAGGUUAUUGAGAGUUAUAGAAUCCAGAUAUUUACCAUACAAACCAAAAACUAAGUCCAGCAAGGACUAUUUUAAUAUAAGUGGAUUGUUAUUAUUUUAAAUGAUCCUUAAUUUUGUCAAAUAACUGCGAAACUUUUACUUAAAAUAAGUUAAUCACUUUUGUAACAUUAUAUCUUGAAUUUUACACUUACAAUUUUUUUGUCUUACCUGUAUAUAAAUACAAACUAAAGCUCACUUGUGUAUAAAUCUCAAUUAUAUAUCACCAUGGGAUUAACUCAUAAUGCACACUAGAGGUUAAUAGUUUUUUUUUCAGAUUUUACAUUGCAUCGAUGAUGUUAAAUUAAAUCUGGUGCAUAAUGACUGGAUUUUAUUUUCACCGUAGCCAAUUUCAAUAUCUGCUGGCCACUCCGUUGGAUCUAGUACUCGAAAUUCACUGAUCAAAUCAUUUUCUGUAUGUAGUCUUCUAGUCAUAUUAUUAAUGAGACUUACAAGGAAUUGAUUUCUAUUAAUAAUAGUAAUUUUUUUAUUAUCUGUUAAAGUUAAUGUUCCUAAUUUCAUCACUUGAACAGCCUCUGAUGUUUCUAUGAGCUUGUUUCCUUUUUUAACGUCUUUUAAUGAUUCAAAAUAGCGAAUAGUUCGACGGAUUAGUUUGUCCGCAUAUAUUAUCGUUACACUUCUGUUCUGUAACGCUUCAGACAAGAUGGAAGGUUCAUACAAAACGUCAUACAUUAAUGCCAAGUUAAUUAUAAACUGUUUAGAUAUGAUUUAUUUUUUUAGACCAAUGUAUACACUCUGAUCAAUUUUUGAACGAAUUUCAUCAGCUGCGGCUUGAUGAAAAUGUUCAGCAAGACAUUUUAAAUUUUGCCAAACUGCAUUAACAGUUCUGAAUCAACUAGCUAUCCACCUUAUUCCUAAAACACGUCCUAUUUUUUUAAUUCCUCCCAAAUUUUCCGCUCAUGAUUCUAGUUCGCGUUGAUUUUUAGGAGAUUGAUGAUAAAUGGUAUAUAAUUUAUCCAUAAAUAUGUGAAAAUGGUUGAUACUAUUUACUUCCGCGACAGCAUCGUUAACAGAGAGCUCCAGACGAUAAUUUAAACAGUGCCACGUGAUUAUUUUUGGAAAUUUAUUCAAUAAUUUUGUAGCCACUCCUGACCUUUUUCCUAACACUCACUGGUAAAUGCAAUUAAAUUUUGUUUCAAAUAAUUCUCGUCGAAAACAUAUUUUUCCAAAUUAUUUAAAAGGUAUUCUGUAAUGGUGGAUGCUGUUUGAUCGGACAAUUCUAUUAUAUAAAAAAAAAGGAAUCGUGGUUCGCUGAUUUUACUUAUUUCGAAUUUUAAUAGACGCCUUACUUAAAUUGUCUAUUACAUUUUCUAUUUGCUGAUGCUGUUCGCUGUUUAAAUUUUUUUCUGAAUUAAUGACGUUAACUGCGAUUUUUUAUCUUUACCGUAGUAAGAAACGGAUGUGGAACUCUAUUCCUUUGAAAUAUUUACACCACGAGUUUUAGAUACCCCUAAGUGCUGUAUUUUGUUACAAAAAGAGCAACCUAAUUUUCCGGAUUCGGAAAGUAACCAAGGAAACUGUUUUUUCUUUUCUAACCACAUUUCCGCACUCCAAAUAUUAGGCCACGAGACUUCGUCAGAAUCAUUAUAAGUACUUGUUGACGUUGACAUUGAAGCUAUGGUUGCAAGUUCAACAGAUUUAUCUUCGCUGCUAGUUUUUAGUUUCUUUUUAAAAAAUCGGUGAUGCUACUGUUUUUUCUUUUUUCACUCAUGUUGAAAUUACUAUAUAAUAAAAUAAAUUCUAUUAUUUAAUAGGAAAAAAACUACAUAGAUAUAUGUAGCGCGCACGUAAUCUUGUAUCGAGAGGUUCUUAGAAAUAUGCGAAAUUGACACUAACACUUUUUAAUCGACACUUUGACUUAGGUAGCGUUAGGUAGAUAGCAUAUUUUGCUAACAGUAUUACUUAUUAAUCUUAUUAUUACAUUGUGUGUAAUAAAGGUUUUAAUGCAUACAAUA